AUGUGAGGUUCCAGCAUGGGAAUGGCAAGUAUAGGCCACUGGCUGCAUAAAGGUGUCUUGGCUGGACCAGUUGUUGAUCCACAUGUAACAGCAGUUUGGGGGAAGAAUGUUACACUGAAAUGCAUAAUUGAAAUAAAUGAAACAAUAACACAAAUCUCAUGGGAGAAGAUACAUGGUAAAAGUACACGGACCAUUGCUGUUCAUCAUCCUGAAUAUGGGUUUUCUGUUCAAGGAGAAUACCAAGGAAGAGUGUCAUUUAAGAACUACUCACUUACUGAUGCAACUAUCAUCCUAAACAAUAUAAGCUUCUCUGAUUCCGGAGAAUAUGUAUGCAAAGCAGUUACAUUCCCACUAGGAAAUGCUCAGUCAUCAACAACUGUAACAGUAUUAGUUGAACCCAUUGUGAGCCUAACAAAGGGACCAAACUCUUUAAUAGAUGGUGAAAAUCAGACAGUAGCAGCCAUUUGUACAGCAGCCACUGGAAAACCUGCUGCAGUUAUUGAUUGGGAAGGAGAUCUUGGAGAAAUGGAAUCCAGUUCUACUUCAUUUCUAAAUGAAACUGUAACAGUUGUCAGUCAGUACAAACUGAAACCUACCAAAUUUGCCAGAGGAAGACGCAUAACCUGUGUUGUGAGGCAUCCAGCUUUGGAAAAGGAGAUGAGAUAUCCUUACUUGUUGGACAUACAAUAUGCCCCUGAAGUUUCAGUAACCGGGUAUGAUGGAAAUUGGUUUAUUGGAAGAGAGCAUGUUCAGCUCCGCUGCAAUGCUGAUGCAAAUCCGCUGCCCAUGGAAUUUACGUGGACCAGGUUGGAUGGGCAAUGGCCUGAAGGUUUAAUGUCUUUAAACAAUACUCUGCAUUUCAACAGUCCACUGACUUACAAUUAUACUGGGACUUACAUGUGUAAGGUGACCAAUUCCCUUGGACAAAAAAGUGAUCAAAAGACGAUCUACAUAUUGGAUCCUCCUACUACUACUACACGACCACCUACGGUUCCAUGGCAUCCUUCAACUGAUGGCAUCACAGGUUUAGCAACAGAACCAAAACUAAUGCAUUUUCCAACAUCAACUUUGCCAGCAAUGCAGGAAGAAAACUGGGGUACCAUCAUCGGUAGUGCAGUGGGUGGGGCUCUCUUUCUGAUACUUGUAAGUGUUUUGGUUGGAAUUAUCUGCUAUAGGAGAAGACGGACGUUCCGUGGUGACUACUUUGCUAAGAACUACAUUCCACCAUCAGAUAUGCAAAAAGAGUCUCAAAUAGAUGUUCUCCAAUCAGAUGAUGUGGAUUCUUACCCUGACAGUAUAAAAAAAGAAAUAAAACAUCCAGUGAACAGUUUAAUAUCAAAAGAUUAUUUAGAAGACCCAGACAAACCACAAUGGAACAAUGCAGACAAUAUUAACAGAUACCAAGAACGGUAUGAAAGACCAAUGGAUUAUUAUGAAGGUGGAACACUGGGAAUGAAGUACAUGAGUGGUGAAUGUUAUGAUGACAAUGAAGAAGACUUUGUGUCACAUAUAGAUGGCUCAGUAAUAUCCCGGAGGGAGUGGUAUGUGUAGCAAUCACUGAUACCUUAACUUGGUAUAUACAGUUCCAUUCAUUAGUUGAUCACUUUCAGGUUGUUUAUAUUUUUACUUGAGGAGCAACAAGCUUUUUGAAGUUGAUUUUCAAGCUUUUGAUAUUGUAAAAUCUGGGUUAAAUGUAUCUGAGCUGCUUUAUGAUGUUUUCAAUGCUGUACUACUGUAUUUGACAAUAUUGGAAUUUUAAUGCAUAAUGCUUUAUCCAUGGCACAUGUAAGAACCAAGUGCUAAAUUAAAGUUACCAUGCAAAAAUGUUGCAGUUAAAAACAACUGUCUUGGCUUUGUGAUUUUUAAAAAAAAAGUUUACCAGAGACUACGAUGAAGUUUCUUUGUUAAGCGUACAUUUUUGUAUACAAAUUUUAAGACCAAAACAAGUGAAAUAAUUUCAAAGCUGAAAUUUAUCUGAGGUAAACUCAAUUCUUCAAAGUAAUUUUUACUCUGCAAAAACAGGGAUUUACUUAAAGCUUUGUUUUCAAAGAUUUAUUUUUCUUUUCUAGGCAAAAAUGAAUACUUUUUUUUUUUUAAAUGAGCCUUUCUCCAAUAAGAUGUGUAUAGUUAGUGGUUUUUUUUAAAGGAAAGAUUGAAAGUUAGAAUUCUCAGCAAACAAAUUUUAGAGGAAUAACCGAACAAAUACAUGGAAGUUUGUCUUGUAGCUGAUUUUGAGAACCACUUUUACACUAAGAUUAUUUCCCAAAAGUACUGUUACAGUCUGUGUACAGUGUUAUAGUCCUGUACUUCACAUGAGAUCAGAACUGGUUAGCUAAAUUAAAAGAGAAAGAAAUGUAAACUAGAUAGAAUAAGAUGCCUGGAAAGUUUUAUUAGGAAUGGGAAAUACGCUUGAGAUACAAAUUGUAAGUGUAUGGGAGAAAAAGAGUUGUUAAUAUAGCUAAAGUAUAUUUAAGAUUCUAGCCAAGUACAACAUAAUAUGGCAUGUAGAACAUAAAAGGUAAAGGGCAACAUUUUUAGAAUGGUUAUGAUUACUUCAUUGCUUUAAAGAGUUGAGCAUGCUUCAAAGAGAAUAUCAUUCAUACUUUUCAAAAGGAGUAAACAUAACAAAAUGUUGCUAUUUAAAAAGAAGCAACUAGGGAAAUAUUGCUUUUUAGUGGUGUUGAAAAAUAAUUUGUAAAAGCACACUGUAGAAUCCCCAAAAUAGCAGUUGUAUGUAUUACUCAGUUGAGUUUGUUUGUAUUACAUUAGUUUGCUUUGUUGCAAAUAAACAAGUGGAAUGGUUGACUAAAAUAGUAAGCAGUCUUGUAGCUAGGAGAAGCAGAUGGUUACUAAAAAUGCAGUUGCAUGCUUGGAAGUCUUAUUUCAACAGUUCAAACAAUCUUGCCUCUCCUUCUGCAAUAGUAGGUUCACUACCUCAGCUUUGCAACUUAAUAAAAUGGAAUCUGAAUGAAGUUAAGAUAAUCUAGUUUGAUAGCUGUUAAAUUCUAAAAAUUAGAGGGGAUGAACAGUUUUGUGACCUAUUUUAAAAUUUUACAAUUCAUGAAUUCAGAAACAUUCAUUCAUGAAUUAAAAAACUUACUGGGGAAAACUUGCCUUACUGUUGAAGUCCAAAAAUGGGGUACAGGAGGAUGGAGAUUACCACACAAUUAAAAAAUUAAAAUUCUUAGCCAAGCUUCUUAAUGAUGCUUAAUGGCUGCUUGUUUGGAUUUUUUUCUGCAAAAUUAGAAUAUUAAGAGGUAUACAACAAUGUGGGAGCUGUACUAGACUUUUGUCAGUAGUCUGACUCCAAAUGACUGUGUAUCUUCAAAAAAUGAAAGGAAAACUAGAAGAUUCAUGUGAAGGUCAGAACAGUUGCUUAAGGCUAGUUAUGCUUAUAAUUGAGAGGUAUGUAAUGUAUACUAAGCUAAUUGACCAAAGUCUCAAAUUAGAGCUAUAGUAAGGGGGCCUGGGGUCAGGUGUAAAUUCAUGCAAACAAAUUAUUUUAUAUAAGUCUUCUCUAAAUCCUACUGAAGAAACUGGAUCGGAUUUUAUGUAUGUAACUUGUUGUGUCUGAGAACUUGACUUGAAGAGAACCUUAACUAUAAACUCAGCAGCCAUGUCAAAUGGUUCAUUGGGGCCUUGAGUAGGUUUUGCCUUUUGUAACACAAGUUGAGAUAAAGAAAUGAGUAUUUUAUAUUACCUUAAUUUAAAAUGGUGAUGAACACACUUAUCAAACAAAAAUUUUAAACAGAAGAGGUUGGUAACAGGGUUAAGACCCCAACAGAGUUGCAGUUUUUCCUGAUUGAUGUAUGUUUGUAAAUAGAGAAUUGAUUGUAAGUAUGAAUAGCUGUUGUGUGAAAUAAACAUCUGCUGUUAAAUUGA